UGAGUUUUUGCUUCCAGAUCCCCACAGAAACCUGCCCCCCCCCCUUCCUGCCCUUUUUUUGACAGAGUUAAUUUGAGCCGUAUAAAAUAUAAACAAAAAAUUGGAAAUAUAAACUACGGAGUGAUCGCAUUUUAUUUUAUUUUCCAAAAAGAAUUUACGAAAUAGUAUAUUACACACCCAGGGAAGUAAAGUAAGAAAUGUCUCAGAUCACAUGUAAUUGUUGGCCGAGGCGAAGCCGAGGUCAACAAACAUGUGAUCUGAGGCUUUCUUAUUUACUUCCCGAGGAGUGUAUACUAUUUUUCUCCUCGACGGAGGCGGAAAGCGGCAACUUCGUUUUGCACAGCGGGACGAAAGUUGACGCUUUCCGCCCGGAGGUGAGAAAAAUCAUUAAAAAUAAAAAUAUCGGCACCCCAUUGGUCUAGUACCAAAAAAAAAUUAAUAAUCAUCGUCUUUAAAUUAUUUAAAAAUUUUAAACUAUCAUCAAUUUUUUUUUUUUAUUUAGAAGCUGUCAUUAUGUACCAAAUAGUGAUAAUCCUUACAGUGGCAGCGGUAGUUUAUGGAGGACCAGUAGAAUCUCCGACUCAGCAGCCGCAGACUGCAGAUUUAUCAUCUAAAAUUUCAACAUUAGCACCAACUUACGAACCCGUGCCAUUAAAUAAUUACUAUUAUCCCACGUAUCCAGAAUAUAAACCUGAAGUCCAACCAGAUAAUACGCAAUUGAUUCCAUCUUUACCACCGCGUCAAUCGUCUAGCUGGACAUCAACUAUAGCUACUAGUUUAAUACCCAUCGGAAGUUUUGCAUUGUCCGUUGGAGCACGUGCAUUUGGACAUGUCUUUCAAUUCAUUGCACUUCUCUUCGUCGGACUGACUCUCGUUACAUCUCUCUGUACUUUCACACCCCUCUGCACUCUCACAUUCUCAGGAUUAAAUCUUAAUAAAAGAGAGGUAAAACAACAAGUAUCUGAAUUAGCCAGAGCAUUUAUGACGCCAGAUAAUCUUGAUGCAGCGACAAUAUUCGUACAUCGCGCUAUUCAAAAAUAUUAUCAACUCCAAAACGUCGGAGCCAAGUAACUCAAUAAAUGUCAAGUUUAUUCAAGUGAAAUAUUUAAGUAAUAAUUAUAUUCAAAUAAGGAAAUAAAAGAUGUUUUUAAGCUUAUGAUGAUUAAAUAAAGUAGAAAAAAAAAUAUACAUAUAUAUAGAUAAUGAAAAAUAUUAGAAAUUUAUUCGUUGAUUAUUCUUAUCAUAAUUAUUAAUAUAUAUGUAUACAUAAAUAUCAAAUUUGUAAC